AUGUAACUUCACCGUAUCAAUGUCGUCUCAAACCCAAACAGUAAUCGGUUAGGUGUUUAUAUGUUUUUGUAACAUUUCAUUUUUUACGCUCCGCGGUCUUUGCUUUUAUUUUAAUUAUCGGGCAUUUGAUAACAUGCUCAGACAUACUGCCGCAAUUGCGAUCUGUGUGAAGGCUGUAAAGCCACGCCGUAGCAGAUAACACAAGUAUCAUCGAUCUGUAAGCUACGCUACGCUAAUGAGACACACCGUUUUUUGCAACGUUAUAUGUAAAAGCUUUUAUGUGUUUACUUGUUAGCGCACAUGAAUUUAAAUGGGUGUACUGUGUGUGUGCACGACUGUUAGGAUCUAUGGGGGAGGGGGGAGACACACCACGAGUAAAACCGAGCUAAAGCACCGUUGGUUUGUUGUUGUUGUCCUCCAGCAACAGGCUAGCACUCAUUACAGUCAGUCUACUGAGCUCAGCCCCUAUCCAACACAUCAUCUGUAUCCUGUCAGAAACACAGCAUGCACGUUACGGUUCCAAACUAACUCAGAUUGGAAAAUUGAAGAUCAUGUGAUGUGGUUGAAAGCACCAGACCAUUCUAGUAAGCGAACAUUAGGGUGGGAUAGUUUUGUCAAUGGAUUAUUUUAUUUUUUAAACGUACACUCCAGUCCAGCAGGUGACAGUAAAGCAGGUAUCAAUGCAUUUCCAACCGGAACUAGAUGGGCGUGACUUCGCCUCUAAUCAAAUGAGAGGAGUUGACGUUGGUUCGUUUUUAGCUUGGUUAGCUUAUCCUCUCGUGUCAUUCAGCGGGCCAACAUGGAUCGAAAAUGUUCCUAUCCGGACUGCAGGAGCACGGAGGGCUUGCACCCCAUACCCCCCGACCCGCAGCUGGCCCACCGCUGGCUGCAGGCUCUGGGUCGGUUCGACACCCCCCCCUCCUCUGUUUACGUGUGCUAUCUCCACUUUACGCGCGAGAACUUCUCCAAUUAUGCAGAGCUGGAAAUGGAAUUUAAAAAGCAUCUUCUCAUAAACCCUGAAUCUGUCCCUACCUCUGCACAAGUGGUGCCACAGGGUACUGGGGACAGUUUCUGUCAAACUUCGCCUGCUGUACGACACGUAGCCUCCCAGACUGACCCUCCAGAGAUAAUAUCAGACACUCAGUUAUCCAUAAAAACAGAACCUCUAACGAGAAGAUCAGUCGGCACACAGUUAUCCAAGAGAACUCUGCAGAAUCCCGUUCGCAGCACAGCCACCCAAGCGAGAGUGCCCGGCAAAGAUUGUGGUGUCUGCACCCCCACCUUCCCCUUGGACAGUCCACUGCUGCUCCUACAACCAACCAUGGUUAAGAGACCACCAAAGAGACCUCGACUCAGCCUAUCAGACGAGGAGGAAGGCCCCUCAGAAGGCUGUUCGUCUAUGGGGAUUAAUGAACCAGGGAAUUCAACAUGAAUGUGGACUCUUUGAGCAAGGCAGCAGGACUUCAGCCGCUCCAUUGGAACUGUUUAAUAAUACUGUAGAAAACUGAAUGCCUUUAGGCAACUCAUUCUCCCAUUUGGUUACUGCUUUAAAAAUGGGGUUUGUGGUCUGCCUGGCUAAAUGUGUAAUGUGUUUUUAUUAACUCGUUGUUCCUCUUCUUUAUAUAGUUAUACCUCAAUGUUUUUUUCUGAGAACAGUGCUGUUUCACUUCUCGAAACUAGACAGGGUAGGAGAAGAAGUUUGGAUAGUGCAAUAGCUACCGGAACCACAAAGAUAGAAACAAACUAAUUCCUAUUUUCACUAUCAAAAAAUCCAUCAGGACUGAGGCAAACUGAUAUGGAUCGGUACAGCUUUUCACCAUCAUUGCUAAUCAAGGGAUGCUGAAUUUAAAAUGUACAAGUGUAUCAGGGGAAUGUGAAAUCUUUGAUAUUUACCCAAAAGGACACUUUUUUGACUACCAGGUUCAGUUUCAGCUCUACAUGUGCUUUUUCCUGCAGCUUGAAGCUGGUUCAUUUACUGUAUUUCAUGUUGAAACAGUAACCAAAAGGGAAAAGAUGUGUCCAUACAGAUUUAAAUGUAGCUUUUGGAGCUACUGGUUAUGUGUGCCGAAAAGUAUUUCGAGCAGGCCAACAGGAAAACUGAGAUUUAAUCUUUAACCUGUGAAUUGUCGGUGGCCGGAUCCUAUCUCACAGGUUUCGUCAUUUAACUUGCUGUGUUCAGAGAUGAUUAUCUUUUUCAUUUUUAUAGGAAAAACAUACAGUACAUGUUCGAUAUGUGUUGUUAUAAAACAAAGUUCUCUUUAUUCA